GGUUAUACUGGGAUGUACUGGGAUGUGCUGGGAUGUACUGGGAUGUGCUGGGAUGUGCUGGGAUGUGCUGGGAUGUACUGGGCUCUGCUGGGCUGUACUGGGAUGUACUGGGAUGUGCUGGGAUGUGCUGGGCCAUACUGGGCUGUGCUGGGCUGUGCUGGGCUGUGCUGGGAUGUGCUGGGAUGUACUGGGAUGUGCUGGGCCGUACUGGGCUGUGCUGGGAUGUACUGGGCUGUGCUGGGAUGUACUGGGAUGUGCUGGGAUGUACUGGGAUGUACUGGGUUACUGGGUUAUACUGGGCUGUGCUGGUGUGUACUGGGACAUGCUGGGAUGUACUGGGAUGUGCUGGGAUGUACUGGGUUGUACUGGGCUGUGCUGGGAUGUACUGGGUUACGGGGUUAUACUGGACUGUGCUGGGCUGUGCUGGGCUGUACUGGGCUGUGCUGGGUCGUACUGGGCUGUGCUGGGAUGUACUGGGUUACACUGGGAUGUACUGGGAUGUGCCGAGCUGUGCUGGGCCAUACUGGGAUGUACUGGGCUGUAUGGCUGUACUGGGUUAUACUGGUCUGUACUGGUCCAUACUGGUCCAUACUGGUCUGUCCCCACAGGCCCGACGGCGACGUCUGGACAGGACCAACAUGGAGCCCUGAGAGGAGGCCCGGCCGCCGCCGCCGCCGCGGGGAUGGCGAAGCUGCUGGUGCCGCUGGUGAUGCUGGGCGCCGUCUCGGGGGCCGGCGUGGUGCCGGUGCCGCCGGUGCCGGUGUCGCCGCCGGUGUCGCCGCCGCCGCGCUGCCCCGCGCGGUGCCUGUGCCCCGCGGCCGCGCCCAGCCCGACGCUGCUGUGCGCCCGCACGGGGCUGCUGGCCGUGCCGCCCAGCCUGGACCGCGCCGCCGUGGAGCUGCGCCUGGCCGACAACUUCAUCGGCGCCGUGGGCCGCGCCGACUUCGCCAACAUGAGCAGCCUGGUGCACCUGACGCUGUCGCGGAACGGGCUCCGCCGCCUCGCCCCGGGCGCCUUCGCCGACCUGCGGGCGCUGCGGGCGCUGCACCUGGACGGGAACCGGCUGCCGGCGCUGAGCGGGCCGCAGCUGCGCGGGCUGGCCAGCCUGCGCCACCUCAUCCUGGCCAACAACCAGCUGGCCGCCAUCGACGCCGCCGCCUUCGCCGCCUUCGCCGCCACCGUGGAGGACCUGGACCUGUCGCACAACAACCUGCCCGCGCUGCCCUGGGACGCCGUGGCCGCCAUGGGCAGCCUGGCCACGCUCACGCUGGACCACAACCUGCUGGAGCGGGUGCCCGCGGGCGCCGUGGCGCGGCUGCCGCGCCUGGCGCGCCUGGACCUGACGGCGAACCGGCUGCGGGCGCUGCCGCCGGUGCCGGGCCCGCCGGGACCCUCGCUGGCGGCCGGGGGGAACCCGCUGCACUGCAACUGCGAGCUGCUGUGGCUGCGCCGCGUGGCCCAGCCCGGCCGCCUGGAGACGUGCGCCACGCCGGCGCCGCUGGCCGGGCGGCUGCUGGGCGCCGUGCCCGAGGAGGAGCUGACGUGCCGGGCGCCGUCGGUCACGGCAGCGGCCGCGCACCCGCCCGCCGUCACCGAGGGGCAGCCGCUGCGCCUGGGCUGCGCCGCCGUCGGGGACCCGCCGCCCGCGCUGCACUGGCUGGGCCCCGACGGGCGCGUGGUGCAGAACGGCUCCCGGCGCUCCGUGGGCGCCGACGGCUCCCUGGAGCUGCGCGUGGCCACGCUCCGCGACCACGGCGGCUUCACCUGCGUGGCCGCCAACGCGGCGGGCGAGGCGGCGGCGCGCGUCGAGGUGGUGGUGGUGCCGCUGCCGGUGCCGCGGGACGGGGCGCGGGACGGGGACGGGGACGGCGGCGCCGAGGCGGGGCCCGGGCCCUCGGACAUGGCCCAGGCGGGCGGCAACGACACCUGGGGCGGCCCCGGCGAGCGGCAGCGCGUGGUGGCGGCCGAGGUGACGGCGUCGUCGGCGCGGAUCCGGUGGCUGCCGCAGCGCCACGUGCCCGGCGUGCGCAUGGUGCAGAUCCAGUACAACAGCUCGGCCGACGACAGCCUGGUCUACAGGCUGCUGCCCCCCUCCAGCCGCACCUUCGUGCUGCGGGAUCUGGUGCCGGGCCGCCAGUACGAGCUGUGCGUGUCCGCGCUGCGCGUCCUCGGCGACCCCCCCGCCGCCCCCCGCCCGCUCGGCUGCGUCUCGUUCGCCACGGCCGCCGCCCCCCCGGGCUGCUCCGCGCCGCCGCGGCCGCACUUCCUGGGGGGCACCGUCAUCAUCGUCAUCGGCGCCGCCAUCGCCGCCUCCGUGCUCGUCUUCAUCCUCAUCCUCACGGCGCGCUGGAAGGCGGCGGCGGCGGCGGGGGCGCGGCGCCCCCCGCCCACCCUCACCAGCGUCUGCUCGCAGACCAACGGCGGCCCCCGGCCCGCCGAGACCCCCGAGCUGCCCGCGCUGCCGCCGCUGCCCCCGCCGGCGGCGGGCGGGGGUCCCGGGGGCGGUCCCGGGGCGGGGGCGCGGGCGUUGUUCCCCAGCCACAGCUACCCCCGGCGGGCGCGGCCGCGGCGCCACGGCUCCCUGCCGCGGCUGGACGGGCCCGAGGGGACCCCCCUGGGACCCCCCCUGCGCCCCUCGUUCGGCAGCACCCACUGGAUGCUGGAGAGCACCGUCUGAGGGGGGGGCCGUGGGAAAUCCCCCCCCCGGGACCCCCAUGGGACCCCCCCCUCUUGGGCAGUACCGAGAGCACCGUCUGAGGGGGGGGCACGGUGGGAAUCCCCCUCCCCCCUCUCGGGACCCCCCUCUUGGGCAGCACCCACUGGGACCCCCCCCAAAUCCUCCUGGGGGGGCAGCGGUGGGACCCCCCCCCUCCUCUCCCGGGUGGUCCCAAACGCAGCCCCGGCGGCUCUUGGUGGGGAGGGGGGGUCCCGUGGGUGCCCCCAGGUGCCUCUGGGGACCCGCCAGGUGCCCCCCCCAGGUGCCCCCCCCCGGCCGCCCUGGGGGUACCGGUAUGCAAACCUCCCCCCCCCCCCAAAACCCGCGCGCGUGGGGACCCCCGACACGUGCGGGGGGCGGGGGGACCGUGACGGGGACCGCGCCCCCCCCCCAAAUUCUGCGGCUCCCCCACCGCGCGUGUGUGUGUCCCCCCCCCCCGAGAUGCGCACUUGGGACUUUGUGUGU